AUGACACGGUCAUCACCGCCUGCUUCGAGGCGAAGCCUAAUGCUUUCCAGUCCCGACCGACGGUUUCUCUCGAGCUUCUUGGGCGAGGACCGUAAUACAGAAUGCUCCCACCGAGACGCGCUCGAAGCAGCCCAGGCUGAGCAUGACCGAGUCCGCGAGGCUGCGAUCAGGGCUUAUCAGCUCCACGAGUUAGAACUGGAACGCAAGAGGAUAGCAGAGGCAGAGCUCCAGGAAAAACAGAGGCUUCAGGUAGAAGCUCAGAUCGCCGCCGAGGAAUUGCGGUUACGAGAGCUGAAAGCGAAGACGAUUCCGAAACCACCGCCCGAACCUCCAUCUCCGAAAGUAGAACCUCCUCCUCCCAAUCCAGCACCGGCAAAGGCGCCAGCUCAGGCACCCGCACCAGCAGCCACGAAGCCCCCUACAGCUCCCACACUCGCCCCUCCAACUGCGUCGACCGCCAACGCAACCCCGAAGGUCGCGCCAUCAACUUCCAUCUUCCCCCCCGCUGCCGCGAAACAAAACACUGCUCCAGCAAACCCAUUCCAAAAUGCCGUAUCAAAGCCAGCACAACCAAACAACGUGGCCCCGUCACAGCCUACAAAUGGCGCUCUCCCCCCUACCAAGCAGCCCGCCCCUGUCCAACCGGUGAGCAACGGCCAACCAGCAAACCAAGGGCUCAUCAACAGAUAUACCGAAAUACAUCAAGAGCUAAAGAAACUACGAAAGAACUUGGUCGCCGAAUCGAAGGUCCCCGGUUCCCCUAUGAAAGGCAAAUUGGGCGCAUAUCGAAGAGAAAUAAGAGUAUCGAUUGGUCAGCUGACAGGAACAAAGGGAGCCAAUGCACAGCCAACCAGCAAAAUCAUGGCAGCACUGCGUGACGCCCUCGAGGGCAAGGUCCCAAGCCCUCCCAUUGACGUCAGCCGUUAUGUCGUAGACCAGAGAGAACCUGCCGAGGGCGCGUUGCACAAUGAUCUCACCAUGCCCUCGCUCUUCUUGUACUUGCUCAACAUUUGCGCCAAGAGCAUCAUCAGCCAGUUCAUCAACGAAGGAGGGGCCAACCCCAAAUCCGCAGACCCCAUUGGCGUCUUCACUGCCCAGGUGUUCUCAACCAAGGAGUUCAUGUGGCGGGGCCAGCCAUUGAUUGACAUUCUCAUGUCCAAGUUUCGGGUUGUGUGCCCCGUUGUUUUCGGCUUAAGGGGGAAUGACAAGACAGAACGAGGCAGAAUUGCCCUCGGGUGGAAGAAGGACGGACCUUCUUGGAUCACUGAGCAGAGCCACAACGACAGAAUGACAGGGCUCGGUGCAGGAUUCGCUGCUGUGUCAUUGCGUGACUUCAGCAAAAGUGCGAGGACAAACCCUUAUCCCCCUACAAACUACUGGGUGGCCCUCGCAGGCAUCGUCAACUCCCCUGUCGGGCAGAUCUCCAACACGCAAUAUGUUGUACUUAGGGCUAUGAUCGGAGGAUACGAGCAGCGGUUCCUCAACUUCUAUGGCAACGCGGGCCUCGCUGCUCUCCGUCUCGCACUGAUCGAAUUCCCCAAAAAGGCCCCCGAGAAUGCGGCAGCGGCGGGCUCUCUGAGGGCACUCGCCGAGGUCCUCCGUGAGAGUGGCCUUGUCCUCACUUAG